AUGUCCAUCUACCUAAAUGUAUCACUUGAAAAUUGGUUACAAAAAUACCUUCUGCAAGCCCUGCAGCUUUCUCCUUCAAAGUAUGCACAAGAAUCCAUUCAGCUUCAACACCAGUUUCAUCUUAGACAACAAGAAGCUAUCCAAGACAAGAUCAUCCGAGUAGAGAAGAUGAACAACAAGCUAGCAAACAAAGGUUCAGAGGUGAAGAACCAGUCAACUCAGACAGAGGCUAAACUCAUGUUCAGCCCCAACCACUUCCUGGAUGAUCACAUCUCCCAGGAAUCUAAUGACAGGAUCAUGCAGGCGCUAGUAGGGACUGAUUCUCUUGUUGGACAUUUACUGCUGAAAAACAAGUUUGUAAGUGACACUGAUGAAGAAAAGAGUCUCAGUGUAGGUUAUAAUGCUUCUCAGGAAAACAUAACACUGACCAAGACAAUGAGUGACACUGACUAUGAGACUGUGAUCAAUCGUCUCCUUCAAGAAAAGCUUGAACUGAGAAAGGAAGUUGCGCAGCUAGAAAAAGAAUUGGAUAAUUCCAAGAAAGACAACAGAUACCUUACUGAUAGAGUGUUUAAGUCGGAGGACACUAAGAGACAUUCCUACCCAGUGGAGGAACAUGGAGGAAUUGCCAUUCCAGACAUGGAGCUUCCUCCCCUGGAAAUGCCACAGUUUGAUUUUGAUUCGCUGCAGAUUUCCACGUGUGAAAAAAGCUCAGGGGGAAGUAUAUUCUCUACCUAAUAGUUAUUGUCCUUCAAAAAAUAGAGGUGAACAAGCCAUUGUGAUCAUUAAAAUUUAAAUAUUAAUCAUAUUGAAAGUUUGGUGCAAAAAAGAGAGACAAAGGUGAUAUAUUUGUUGAUAUUUUUUUAUGUUUUAUUAUCAGAUUAUUACUUACAAAGAACAACAUUGUAUUCUUGUUUAUUUUGUUAAUUGUUAUAUUAAAUUCACACUAAGCUAAUGUUAUGAUUCACUCUAGAUUUAUGGUCUACCAAUACAGUGCUUCUUAUUUUGUAAAAUUUAUGAAUAAAGAGAAAAAAUGAGUGAA